AUGGAAAUUAAGCAUAAAAUUAAAGUUCCUCGUGAUUUUCGUAAGAAUGAUAUUUCAUUUAUAGACGAAUUUCCUCUUGCCCUUGAAGGAAGAAUAGACACAGAAAUUUAUAAAAAUUGCAUAAAUGAAAUCAAUUCAAUAUUUAAACCAAAAUAUUAUUUAUGGAAUAUUAUCAAAAUGCUAAGUAUUGUUUUAUAUCUUGUAGAAGAAAAUAAAACAUACGAUGAAGAAUUAGAACAUGUUUUGAUAAAAAUAAACAAUAGAUUACAAAUUAAUCGAAUGUCCUUUGGACAUCCAAAAUAUACUAAUUAUACAGAAAUAAUUCUAUAUAUUUAUAACUAA